AAGGAGGAUUAAACUGCGCAGGAGCAUCCCGGGAGUGUUUGCGGAGCUUCAAGAAUAACCCGAUCGGUGUCUUAACCUUCGGAAAUGAACUUGCUCCCCGCACACUCACCGCAGAGAUACGCAGAUACGCAACAUGCUUCCUCUGUUUUAAGCGUUUUCCGAUGCGCCGGCUGCGGACGCGCUCGCCGCAUUCUGCUGUAAUUGGAAGCGCUGCACUUAUGCCAGAUGCCAGUGCUUUUUUCAGUGAGAAGAAUGAGCACGAAUGUUGCACAUUAAUGAAGGCGGCCAGUCCAAGUAAAGCCAAACACGAUGGAUAAUCAACGAAAGAGGAAGCUGACGUUUUUCACCAUCGGGCUUAUAUUUCUUCUGAGCGGUGUGGAAUAUGCUGUCAUAUUGCCCACAAUAUGGAAGUACUUGCAGACUCUAGAUGCAGCACCUUACUUUCUGGGCUUGGCCCUGUCGGCGUUCAGCUUGAGCGGCCUGCUGUCGGGGCCGCUGUUUGGCCACUGGUCUGACAGAUCUGGGGCCACCAAGAAGAUCAUCUUGUUUGCCAACCUUUUCGAGAUAAUCGGUAAUUUCAUGUACUUUAUGGGCUUCUCCAAGUGGCUCUUACUGUCAAGCAGACUGGUGGCAGGCAUCGGCACAGGCGCUGGCUCGUCUAUCUUUGGCUUCCUGACCAGAAGCACCACCCCCGAUGACCGCGCCACUGUUUUUGCCGCCGUCAUGGCGUGUCGACAGGCUGGCCUUCUGAUCGGUCCAGCAUUUAACAUCUUCUUAAGACUGUGUGAUUUCCACCUGGGUCCUUUUGUGGUCAAUAAAUAUACUGCACCGGGGUUGUUCAUGUGCUUCCUGUGGAUUCUUCUUCAACUGGCGGUGGUCUUCAUGUACUGGGACCUACCACCUCUAGAGAGGGGCAAGUCCAAGGAGAGUUCGACAAGCCACAGCAGGGAGGAGAAGAAUGAAGAAGGGCCAGUGGAAGAGGACAAUGAUGAGGAAAAGCCGCUAAUGGGGUCCCAGGAGCUGGUAGGGUCCUACGGCUCAGUGGUGGCAUCGAAUGGCGUGCUUAAUCACGUCUCUCCACCUCCCUCUCCCGUGCCACCAGACUCCCAGGAGUUUUCCAGCUCCUUUAAGAAUUUCAGCAUAUCCCAAGAGUUCCUGAGAGAAGAGGUGGUUGUGCUGCUGGCUGCUCAGUUCAUCACCCUCUUCAAUCAGACAGCGCUGGAGACCAUGGUGACCCCGCUGACCCAGAAGUACUUUGGCUACGGGGAGCUGGAGAACAGCAUCAUGUACUGUCUCUGCGGUGUGGAGGUGAUCGCUGGCUUCCUGUUUGUGCGCUGGCUGAGCCGGCGUGUUGCUGAGCGAGCGAUCCUGGCCAUCGGUCUGACCAUAUGCAACAUCUCCUGUGUCUGGUGCCUCAUCUUCCUGGCCAAGCCACUAGGUGACUUCCCGUGGCAGCUGACUGAGUUCAUCAUCGGGGUCUUUCUGCAGGUUUUGGGUUUGCCUUUUGUAGCUGUGGCUCAUGUUUCCCUCUUCUCCAAAGUCACUGCUGAGAAAACACAAGGUUUCAGCCAGGGAGUGCGUCGCUCAGUUGGAGGUCUAGCUACCAUCCUGGGCCCUCUGUGGGCUGGUGGCCUGACGGAGAACAUGUAUGUCAUGAUGGGGGUGAUGAUGGCACUGCUGGCACUGCUGACGGUGAUGAUGGCGUUCUCAUAUGGCCGACUGGUUGCACCUGCUACAGAGGAGGAGGAGGACAACUCAGACAACUGUGGCUAAUCCUGCAGACGGUCUAUGCAGUGAAAGUGGAAGUGCAUGGUGGGAGAUUUCCUGCCGUGACCCUGACAGUCCCUCCUCAUCCUCUGCACUGGGACCAGCAUGCAGGGCGAUAAGACACACCAAGAGCGCACACCUCCUGAGUGCUUGGACUCGUCAGCGUUCUGUGCGGAGGCUGAUCAAAGUGCCGAUAUGGUGUGUACGUGUGUUUCCCAUGGAAAUAUAGAAUCCAUGUGCAAGCUGUGUUCUGCACUGACUGCCAGCUGAAGUAGGUGCACAUUCAGCCUGUGUUUCAGCAUAUGCUUUGUAACACUAACUGUUCAGGCCAGUCCACUUCUCCUGCGCACAUCCUCAUCAUCUAUGUCUGAUAUAAUGAAAGUUGCUCCUUCAGCAGCAAAGUCUUGCAAGUUGUCUUAAUUCAUUCAAAUGGUGAAUUAUGUGCUUUUUGAAUUAAUACUUUCAGAUUGGCUUCCACCGUCGUAGCAAUGUGUCUAAAAGAGCUACUGACACUAACACAAAGGAAUUCAAUUAAUGGUGGUUUUAACUGUAACCUUUUAAAAAAUGCUGUUUCAAAGGCAUUUAAAGCCUCAGUAAUGAAAUUCUCAUGGAAACACUAUAUACUUGGAAUCGUUGGUAAAAGUUCACAUUUGAUAGAAUCGUCCAUCUGUCAAUUAAUGCACAGAUAGUGGAAUUAAUAAAAAAAACCCCAAAAACAUGGAUAUCUGUCAAAGCCUGAUUGAAGUUGGCUUUUAAACUGUCCUGGUGUUAAAGCUGGUGAAUGAUAGAAGAAGUUUUGUGCUUUAAAAAACAAAGAAAAAAAUCAGAGAAAGACAAAUCUCUAAUUGGUUGAUGCUGAUGGAGUGCGUGCUUCCAACACUGGUGGGCGCUCUUAGCCUUUUCUGCUAAAGUGUAUCCUCGUCAUUACUGCAGAGCCUUACGUUUGGUGUGUGAGCUCAGUCAGUCAGAUAACUCUGUGAGGUCAAAUGCACAAAUACAAAUGCACAUUUAGGGGAAAAACAGCCUUAAUGGCUGUUGUAAGAAAAAUAGUCUUGUAGUUGUUCAGUGUUUGGUGGCAGUAGAGGAAAAACACAGCAGUCAGUCAAACAGCAUCACAUUAUGUUCUGUUCUGUUUGAUCAUGUAUUCAGGUUUUAUAUGCACAAACACAAACUACGUCAUGAAGAAUAAGACUAUUUAUUUCUUAUUUAUUCUGCAUUAAUUUAUUGGAUUUUUUUGUGGGCACCUAACAUAUGUAUGUAUGUGAACUUUUUUUGAAUUCCAUGUUUCUAUACAGAAGAGAUAAAGCUCCACCAUUUCUUCAUGGACUUGUGUUUCUUUUUUUUCUUUUUUUUUGGGAGAAACUGCACAGUCAGGAGAGCAAAAAUACUGCUGUCACAAUGCUUAAAUACAAUUCUAAUUAAAUGCAAGAAAAAAUCAGGAGUUUCUUUUCAGAUAUUUCUUUAAUUGCGUGCCCUCUUAGUUGGUUACAUGUUGUCAACUUUGAGGCCUGCAAACUGAAACAAAGAGAGGAGAUUUAGAGCGUGUUAUCACGUUUAAUUUAACCGGUACUGCCGAUUUAAACUUUCAGUUAAAAGUGUUGUCAAAAGAAGACAGACGCCCCCCUUUCCAUGACAGCAUUAAACAGUGCUAUGUGCAGGAUGAGUAUGCUUUCAUGGGUUGUUUUUCUUUGAUGAAAUACGUAUAAAUCACUAUGAAAGUCUUAUAUCAAUAAGAUUGACAUUAUUCUUAUAGUUGUUUUGUACAUUGUACAUUCACAUUAUUUAUGAAUGGACAAUGUAUAUAUGAAAAUGUAGCAAAGUUUUCAGAGUGCUUUUAAAGAUAUUUUUCACACUAAUAUUAUAAAUAAAAAUGAAUAUAAUUUUAAUGCUAAUUAAAUGUCAUAUUUUUACUUUUUAGAAUAUAUUUGUUGCAUUAAGUGUUUUACUAUUUAUUUUUAGGGAACAUGAGCAAAAUAUUAAACCCACAUGUAAUUUGAUGAAUUGUAUCAGGAUUAGUUGUUCAAAGCUUAUAAGCAUCUGCAAUCACAAUUUACCAUGAUGUUCUCUUUUCUCAUAAAAUAUGAAUUACAUAUAAUGUACAUAUUAGUGACAAUGGCUGCUCAGAUACAAUCAGGAAAUGUAAUUUUAGAAUGACAUAGAAAGAACCAAACUUGGGGUAAAGGGGUCAUAUAAUUAAAACCUGGGCUUUGAAAAAUUGUGAAAGUUUUUUUUUUUUUUUUUAAUUUUCCCUCGUACAUGACUUUGCAUAUACCACAACAUUUAAUGUGCGGUCGAAUAGCAUCAUUUUACUGGUGCACAUUUUCAGUAAUUUAAUAUGGAUGUGGUUUAAAUUAAAUAUAUAAAUGUAUACGUCACAUAAAAUAGGCGAAAAAUUAAAUGAUUAUUUUAGAAAUCCUAAUGACAGUCUAUAUAAAUAUUUACUUGAAAAAACUUUUAAGUAUGAAUGAAAAUCAUGAACAUCUGUUAAGAAAAUAUUUUUUUGUCCUCAUCACGAGUUUCUUGAAUAAAUGAAAUUAUUACUCAUGUUUGUA